UGGAUGGUUGGAUGAACGGUGUGCUUCCCAGGCCUGGAAAGAGAAGAAUAGUGGAUGGAAUCACCCUUUCCUCUUAAAGUGCGUGCACAGGUACACACGCACACAGUGCUUAGAGAGACGCCUCUUCCCCGAGGGCAGCGCAUGCCCUGGAGCCCCCCUGACUGUGCUGUGUGCCUGGCAGGUCCUGGGCUGGCCUUCAUCGCCUUCCCCAAGGCUGUGACUAUGAUGCCCUUAUCCCAACUGUGGUCCUGCCUGUUCUUCAUCAUGCUCAUAUUCCUAGGGCUGGACAGCCAGUUUGUCUGUGUGGAGUGCCUGGUGACAGCCUCCGUAGACAUGUUCCCCAGGCAGCUCCGGAAGAGCGGGCGGCGGGAGCUCCUCAUCCUCACCAUCGCCGUCACGUGCUACCUGAUAGGGCUCUUCAUGGUCACCGAGGUGAGCUGGGGCCGGUGGCCUGCAGGCCAGGCUCCCGGGGAGGGAGCCACAGGGGACACUGCUGACCCUUCUUAGAGCCUCACUUUUCUUAUCUGCUGAUGCGGGGUGUGGACGCCUGCCCUGCCUCUCCACAGUGAGGUUGUACGGACCACACGACCUGCAUUUGUGAGGUCUCUUUUGGUUGCAGGUGACAGAAACCAAUACAGCUGGCUUAAGCAGAAAGGGGAACGUAUUGGGUCAGGUUGCUGAAAACCCUAGAGAUAUUUGGGUUUCGGCGUGGUCGGAUCCAGCUGCUCUUGUGACACUGUCAGGAAUGCUCC